AUGCCACAUGACUUUCGAAGUCCGAUGAGGCUCAAGAACUUCAUCGAGACGACCGUCGUCCGUGAACUGAAGUGCGCCAUUUCGAAGCAGCUCAGUAAGAUCGUCGCCGAAACCAAGGAUGUGAAGGUGAAGGUGGGAAAGAGAAGCAAAGUUGCAGCAACAGGCACUGGAGACACAGGUGCGGAUGAGCCAGCUGAAGAAGCUGAGGAAACUCCUGCAGAAACCAAGAAGAAGAAGCGAAGGAAGAUACUUGGAGCCGAAGACAAGGCAGAGGAGGAGGAGCGGGCGGCAGAUGCUGAGGAGCAGGCUGACGAGGAGGAGGAUGAGGACGACGAUGACGACGUAAGCUCAGGUAUGUACGACCCACCGCAAGAAGAGGAGGAAGGUGUCGAGGAUCCUGACGAGCGUGAGUUAGAGCGGCCCGAGGAGGAGGCUGAGGGUCGCAAUGAAGAAGAAGAGGAUGAAGAAGCGGAUGACGAGGCCAAGCCAAAGCAGGGUGAAGAUGAGGAUGACGAGGAGGAUGAAGACGUGGCAUCCCCGAAGGGAAAGCGCUCCAAGAAAGGCGACACCGGCGGAACGAAGGAGGCACGGGAGGAGGAUGGCGAAGAUGGCGGCUCGGGAGGCAGCCAUAAAGCCAAGGAAGUCUCGAAAAAGAAAGCAAAAAGCGAAGGCAAGACCGCGACAAGCCUCAGUGAGAGAGGCAAGGCUCUGCAAAAGCAGGCUGAGCAGGACCUGGCAGAGGCCUUGAAGGAAGACAAUUUCGUUUGGAGAUCAGAUCUGAAAGAUGAUGCGCUGACCAUCAUCGUGACCCACAACCAUGCCCAGUGUCCCCACAGCCUCUUCGUGGGCGAGGUGCUGCGAGGUGUCCUGUCGGCCGCAACGUUGCAGGACCCCGCCUGUGAAGGGGUGCAGGCGGUGCACGUGAAGGUGGAGAAUGACAAGGUCAGCCUGGAGUGUGAGGGAAUCAACCUCUUCGGCCUACAGUGCCUGUCGCCCGCACUGGUAGGGCACAACCAGAUCUACACCAACAAUCUCCGGCAUGUCCUGGAUAUCUACGGUGUAGAAGCUGCCCGUGCAUCGGUCGUCCGAGAAGUUCGCGGUGUGUUCGGUCACUACGGCAUUCAGGUCGAUCACCGGCACCUGUCGCUGAUUGCAGACUACAUGGCCCAAGCAGGUGGCUUGCGACCGUUCAAUCGGUUGGGAAUGAUUCACUGUACGUCUCCGUUGCUGCAGAUGUCCUACGAGACAACGAUGCAGUUCCUGUCCACGGCGUGCAAGGAAGACCUCCUCGACAACAUGGUCUCGCCUGCAAGCGCCAUUGUGCUUGGGCAGCCUCCAGCUGUCGGCACGGGCGUUGUGAACCUCUUGGUGGAUCUGGAUCCACCCGAUCCGCCAUGGAAGAAGCAGCGGCGCUUCAAGUUUCCAACCUGA